AUGAUUGCAAACGAUGGUAUUGUUAAUGUAGACACAGUGCUAGCUGUACUCUCGAAUGAAGAAGAAUUCAUUUUUAAACCUUUUCAAUCGGGGCCUACAAAUGAUAUUGGUGCAAUAGAAUGUGGAAAAGUUGUAUCAAGAAUGAAUAAACCUAUAUUUGACUAUCAAAUUGGUGAUAAGGCAAAUGCAUCUGUAUUUAAUCCAGUAUUUUAUUAUAGAAUUACUUUAACAAUACCUGAAACUAAACAAGUUGUUAUGGAAUUCUAUGAAAAUCGUUUACCUCUUCUAUGUCAAAUGUGUAGUAAACAAGAAGUUCGAUAUUCAACAACUAUUGAAGGUGAAAGUCAAUCAAUGGGAACUAUACGAAAAGGGUAUGUUUAA